AAAAGGGUGACGCAGACAAGGCGUCUUGCCGCUUCGUCCUCUACCCUUGCCGUUGCCGUUGCCACCUCGAUCCCGCCCUUUUUAAACCCACCACCGCUGCCAAAUCCGCCUCCCCACUGGCUCACUUCGCCUCCACCGCUGCCGCCUAACGAGGCCACAACUAUACAGCUGCACGCACGCGUUAGCCUAGGACAGACAGACACGGCCCGACGCGACGCCCGGCUCUUUAGAGCGCGAGGGAGAUCAUCGUCAGCGUCGGUGGUGCUUCUGAUGGGUUCCGCCGCCCUGGACCACGCCGGAGGUCGGCCGAAGAAGGGCUCCGGCGGGUCGCAGCUGUGGAAGAAGGCGUUGCUGCAUUCCAGCCUGUGCUUCGUCAUGGGCUUCUUCACCGGCUUCGCGCCCUCCUCCGUCUCCGACUGGCGCUCCGCCGCGCCCGUCGGCGCGGGGGGGCUCGCUGUGGAGAGCAGCCACGUGCUACGGACGCAGCACUUAGGGGGGAGCGGCAACCGGACCCUGCUGUCGCAGGGCGGCGCGGCGACGGAAGCGGCGACCCCGCGGCCGCUGCUGGUGGUGGUGACCACGACGGAGUCGACCCCCACGGCUAACGGCGAGCGCGCGGCCAUGCUGACCCGGAUGGCGCACGCGCUGCUGCUUGUCCCGCCGCCGCUGCUGUGGGUGGUCGUGGAGGCCGCCCCCGACGUGCCCGCCACCGCGCGGCUGCUCCGCGACACGGGGCUGCUCUACCGCCACCUCACCUACAAGGACAACUUCACCGCCGCCGAGGUGGCCGCGGGCAAGGAGCGGCACCACCAGCGCAACGCCGCGCUCGAGCACAUCGAGCGGCACCGGCUCGCGGGCGUCGUCCACUUCGCCGGGCUCGGCGACGUCUUCCAGCUCCGGUUCUUCGACCAGAUUCGGCAGAUCAGCACGUUCGGCGCGUGGCCGGUGGCGAGGAUGUCGCGGGGCGAGCGGAAGGUGCUCGUCCAGGGCCCGGCGUGCAGCGCGUCCAAGGUCAUCGGCUGGUUCUCCAGGGACCUCAGCAGCAGCACCACCGUCAGCACGGGCCAGGCCACACCCACGGGAGGCGCCCCAGCCGGCGCCGGCGCGGCGAGGCCGUCGUCGACGCCGGAGAUCGACGUGCACGGCUUCGCCUUCAACAGCUCCGUGCUCUGGGACCCCGAGCGGUGGGGGCGGUACCCGACCUCCGAGCCCGACAAGUCCCAGGACUCGAUCAGGUUCGUACAGCAAGUUGUGACCGAGGAUUACAGCAAGGUGAAGGGCAUCCCCUCCGACUGCUCCGAGAUCAUGGUGUGGCGCGUCGAUACGCCUUCCUCCUCGCGGCAAACUCCGGGGAACAACAACAGGAGGUAGAACGGAGGGACAGUUAUUAUACAUAGAAGAGAACGGAUGAAACAGAGCAAGGUCGAUCACACCGGCAAGGUGCUGGCUUUACUGCUACUAGCUGCUGCAACGAAAGGAAAGGAAAGUUUUGGUUUUUACAGGGGAUGGAUCAACAUGUAUCUCCCCAGGAAAUAUCACCAUAUUGUACAUCUUUUUCUUUUACCUUUUUCCUACAACAAAUGUGAUAUAUGUAUAAUCUUCUCCUCUUCUUCUCUUCCUUUUUUUUCGAGAGGGUUUAGGUCCUUACAUAACACCCCUUGAACUGUCUCUCAAGACUGAAAUGAAUAGAGCGCAAGUUAUAGC